UAUGUCAAAAGAUGGACAAUUUCAAGCUCAACAAAAAUGUGUACUUCACCUUUACAAAGAAUUUCGUUUUUUAAUUUCGAAGCAACCAACACAGUGAGGUACACUGUAUAUCUCCUAUUAUGGAAAAACAAAAAAAAAUGAAAAAAUGUGUGACAUCGCUAUUGAGAAAUUCACUAGACUUCUACAAAACAACGAAAAUAUUCUCGAUGAAAUCGUCUAUGCUUUCGGCUAUUUUGAAAAACUUUCACCGACAGUUUCAUGUAGAAAUUCAGGGAACAACAAAUGAAAAAAAACAAAACUUGACAUCCAUUGUGGAGCCUGCUCGAUGGUUUGUGAAUUUUGGCGAUAACGUAUCGCACUGUGGUUCACUAGCGACGUAGUCCUGUAGAAAACGAAAUUCUGCAUUUUUCAGUGAUCAAAUGAAGACUUUGCAACUGAACUUUAAUUAGAAAAAACUUCAUUGUUGGAAAAAUCUUGUCAAAAUUACUAUGAAGGAUAUUUUCAAGGGAUUUUCAACUCUCUAGAAAAGCUUGAAUAUCCAAAAGUAAAUCAGCCAAAUAGAGAAGAAAACUUUCUAUCUUUUCAUAUAAAAUACUUUGCUUUCGAUGUACACCUCCAUGCUCCUUCAUGCUUUUGCAAAGCAUGAGCAACGAUGUGUCUCAAUGGAAAUCAAAGGUUGUAAUGGGCUGGGCCGAGACCGGUUCGAUCUGGCUCAGCCCAACUGAAGGAUCAAAAUUUUUUAAUAGAAAACCGGGAACUGGGCUGACUCAAAGGUUGACAACCCAUGCGACAACUUUUUUUGGCCCAGCGCAAUCUAUUCAGACCUCUAGUUGAAAUACACAGGAUAUAUAAAUGUUUGGAUUGCCGUACAAAGGUAAUGUAUUCUUUUCAAAAGUGAUGUUCGUAGGUUUGUAAUGUUCGAAAUUCUCUAUCUUUUGAAAUAUGACUGAAUAUUUUGUAUGAAUUUAAAUGAGAGGAAAUUGCAUUUACACGUAGUUCAAUUCAUUAUGGCCUAUUCAUUAUAAUAAUCGAUAUCAAUCGAAAGUAUCAUAUAGGAACCAACAUUUUAAUAGAAUCCUUGAUUAUCUUGAGUUCUUUGAUUAUUUAAAUUUAUCAAUUAUGUGAGUACAAUUUGUUUAUAUGUUUAAAUCCGAUGAAAGUGAUUUUGAAGAAGAAAACAAGAAUCAAGUAUCCCUAGUGAAUGUACUGAAUUCAAGGUACCCUGUUACCACUAUGUCGCAGAACCUUGGUUGAAUAUUCUACUGAGAAUUGUCGUAGUCGAUAGGUAUUUACCAGAUAUCUACCCAAUUUCUAUAGCAUUCUAUGAAAAAUUCUUCCACAAGUUAGUAAAUUGGACAUUUGCAAGCGUUUUGUUGCCAAGUGAUAAAAAUUCAUAAAGUAAACAAAGGUUCUUGUGAGAUACUGGUAGCAGGGCAUCCUGAACUCAGUAAAUUCACUAGAAAUAUAUUUUUAUUAUUUAAAACAGUGAACUAAAUCAUUUAAUACUUGAAAUGGUCAUUGAUCAGUCGUUUCAUAUUUAAGAAAGCUUGUAUUCUAUCUAUUGAAUUAUUCAUUAUUUUAAAAAUAGGACAAAAUGAUUCAGAUUCUAUGAUAGAAUCAGCAGAAUCAUCUGAUGAUCCAGUUCCAACAAAACGAAAACGUUCUGAAGAUAGAUUACAAACAAGUAAUCUUGGUGUUAGAGAAAAUAAAAUUUUAUUGAAAAGUAUUUCACAUGAUGAAUCAAGAAAACAAUCAAAAACGGAUGUCUCUUUUAGACGUAAUUCAUUACCAGAAUCAAAAGUUGUUGAUUGUAUUGUUCAUGGUUGUAAGUAUUUAGCAAAACCAGGUUGGGUUUAUUGUUCAUCUACAUGUAUUCGUCGUCAUAUCAAUGAUACACUUCAAGCUAUUCAACGAAGCAAAGGAAAAGAUAAUGAAGAAAUUCCAACACGUGAAGACAUUUUAUUAUAUGAAAGUAAAAGUAAAAAAAUUCUCGAGAAAAAUUUAGUUCCUAAAAUAGAAGAUUUAUCUACUUGGAUUAAUCAACAUCCAUCUUAUGAAAUUAUGAAAUCGUCUUUACAACAAACAAUUAUAUUAAGAGAUAAUCAAUCUACUAAUUUAUCAAGAUCAUUAUCAUGUGGUGUUAAUACAACUAAAUCUAAAUUUUCAUCGAAACCAAUUACAAAUAAUCAACAAACGAUUACAAAAUCAAUUCUAAAUAAAAAGACUCCAAUACAACUUACAAGACGAUUAAAUAAUACAAUAUCUAAUAUGAAUAAUACUGUUGAUAUACGAUCAAAAGUUCCAACAGCUUUAUAUGACAAAAUUCUAAUGCGAUUAGAAAAAAAUGGUGAAAAAGAUUUUAUAAAAGAAGAUAUACGAUUAAUUGUUCAUAAAAUCGAAGAGGAAAUGUUUCAUGUUUAUGGUAAAAUUGAUAAUCCAUAUAAAAACAAAUUUCGUUCGUUAAUUGCUAAUAUUAGUAAUAUGAAUAAUAAUUAUUUUUAUAAACAAAUUCUUUCCAAAGAUUUAACAGCUAAACAAAUUGUUGCAAUGAAACCUGAAGAUAUGUUACCACCGGAAGAGAAAGAAAAACGUAAAGAUCAAUUUGAAAAAGAAGUUCAAAGAAUUAUUAAUGCUGAACAACAAACAGCCGAAGAAAUGGCAAGACGUGCAGGAAUAAAAGUUACUCGACAAGAUCUUAUUAAUAAUGAUAAGUUUUCACCAUUGUCUACAUUAGAAGAACAAAAUUCAUCGAAGGAAAAAGUUGAUAGUGACAAAGAUAAUCAAUCCACCAAUAUUGCUAAAGAAAGUAUUGAGAUUAAACUAACAACAACUGAAUCUAUUGAUGAAACUUCAAAAUCAAUAAUUUUGACUACCGAUGAAAAAUCUACGACAAACUUUGGAUCGGAUAAUCAAACAUUUUCAUCAACUCUUUCUGAAGAUCUCUCUUCCAUAUCUGUAACCAAGGAAAUAAACUCUAAUGAACCUUCAAUACUUCAAUCUCAACACUCAAUUCAUGAACAAUCAGAUCCUAUUUUCUCGGCAGUGGAUCUUGAUAAUGAUUAUAUUGAACCAGAAAGUCCAACAGGUAUCGAUGCAUUAAUUUACGAUGAUAAUGAUGAUGAUGAUGAUGACGAUAAUGAUAAUGGUUUAAAUAAUAUUAAUAAAUCUUCUUGUUCAUCUACAAUUCCUUCAUCUAAUGAUAAUACUGAAUAUAAUAUGCCCUAUCAACCAAUUAUUCGUGAUGAUUAUAAUCCAUCAAAAAUUCAAAAUGAAACAUCAUCAAUAUGUCAACCAAAAUCCAUAACACAUUUACCAAAUCAAUGGCGUGGAAUAAUUCAUCCAUCUGAUAUAAAAAUUCCAUGUCAAUCUGUUCAUGUUUAUGGUGAAAGUGAUUAUUUAAUAGAAAAUAUUCCUGAACAACUUAUUAUACUUGGACGACUUCGAUUAGGAGAUCUUUGGGAUUAUAUUCGUGAGUCACUUACUGUUCGUGAUAUACUUAUAUUAACACUUAUUUCAUCAUCAACAAAUACUAAUGAUAAUGAAUUAUUUUCAAAAUAUGUUGAUACAUUAGAUACAUCAGGACGAGCUGCUGUUAUUAGUAAAUGUGUUAGUUCAUCAUUAAUUCGUGAUAUGUAUAUAUUAGCAGCUAAUACAAAAGAUUGUCCAUCGAAUGUAUUAUCAUCACUUUUUUUACCUAUAACAUUUGAAUCAAAACAAUUAUUUCUUGUUAUUAUUGGAUCAGGAAAACGAACAAUGAAAUUAAUAAAUCGUUCAAAUGAAAAUUCAUCAAUGAAUAAUUUAAUAUAUAAUCCAAUUGCAUUACAAGAUUCAACUGUCAUACGAGAUCCUCGAUUACUUAAAACAAAAGAUCCACGAUUAAAUAGAUAUAAUACAACAAAUGAAAAUGUUACUCUUUCUAC